AUUUAGAACAUUUACUGCCAUUUUUCAGUGUUCUGCUCUCGUUUACCUAUGCUUGUGAUGUGCAGAGACAACCUUGGCUUUGGUUCUUUUGAUCUUCUCUGUCUUCAUUCAGGCAUUUAAGUUUAAGAUGGUUAUAGCAUGAGUUGAGGUUGUAUUACAUAUUUUAUGAUGGAUGGUCUGUAGAGAGGAUUAGCAGAGGUUAUACUUGAACCACAGGAAUAUACUGUGAAUCAAUAGAAUGGAGGAUGAUAAUGGCCUUGAGCUUAGCUUGGGUCUUUCUUGUGGUGCAUCAUCUGCCAAAUCCAAAGGCAAAAUUAGUAGCUCUUCAGAUACUGGGGCAGAAGAAGGCGAUAGAGGCAUCAAAAUAGUGGAUGACUUUAAAAACUUUCUUCAAGCUGGAAGCCAGAAACAGGACCCCAUUGUGGGUUCUCAGAGAAUUGAUCCAGUGAAACCUUCAGAAAACAUCUUUAACGAUCUUUCCAAGGCUGCUGGUGAUGCAGAAGCUUCUGCGAACUUGAAUGGUAGAGGUCUCUGGGAUACAAACAGUAAAAGGUCUGCUGAAAUCGAAGAAGACAAGUGGUCAGAAGUUGGUAGUAAACGUAAGGUGUUGUUUGAUGAGAUGAACAAUCCAAAGAAGCUUGAAAGAGAUGCUCAUCAUACUGAUUUUCAUGAAAAGCCCAAAACAUCACAUAUGUCCAUAACAACAGAAGAUGGCUCCACUGCUGAAAAUGAAGACGUGGCAGAGUCUGAAGUUGAGGGUUUGACCUCAAGGUUGGUUUCACGCCAUGAUGAUGGGGCCAAGCGAUUUAUUGGAGUUAGCGGUUCUUCUGAGGUGCCUAACGAGGUUAAGCUUGGAAACUUGACUUAUAGCAACCCAUUCCCAGUUCAAUCCGUAACUGUCAUGAAUGUACCUUUCUCAUUAACUAUGAAGGAUUCCAACUCUGUUGGAACCCCCAGUUCAUCAGGUCACAUACUACCUGGCAUGAUACAGAUUAUGCCUACUGGAAAUAGUGAACGGUCUGGGGUCCAGCCUGUGAAUCCUGGAAACUUGCCAGUUAUGUUUGGUUACUCAACUGUCCAACUUCCACUGUUGGAUAAGGAUAAUCCAUGGGGAAUGGUCUCUCUCCCUCCAGAGGUCCACCCAUCAUAUGCUGGCAGAGGUCUACCUAAUCCAGAUAAGCACGGUGAUGGAUUGAAAAUAUCACAAGCUUCCACGCAUACAAUUGCACUCAAUUCCUCUGAGGCUGCAAAAUAUGAUGGCAGGACAUUCGAACGAGUCAAAGGUGAAGGUAAACAGCAUGCCACAGAGGAAGGCUUCUCUACUCAGGCAGAGGAAGAUGUAAAAGGAAGCAGCGUGAAUCUCAGAGCAAAUGCUGCAUCUGAUCGACCAACAGCAGAAGGCCUACCUCAUGAUUUUUCAGCCAUAAAACCUGGUAUUGCUGCAGACCUGAAAUUUGGGGGAUCUGGUUCUUAUCCAAAUUUACCAUGGGUUUCAACAACAGGAACUGGCCCACACGGUAGAACUAUUUCUGGCGUUACUUACAGAUUCAGUGCAAAUCAGGUAAAGAUUGUUUGUGCUUGUCAUGGUACCCACAUGUCCCCUGAAGAGUUUGUUCGGCAUGCCAGUGCAGAGUGCACCAAUCCAGAUAAUCCAGAUAAUAACAAUGGUUUGGCAACAUUUCCUAGUACCAAUCCUGCUGCCUCUGCUCAGAGCUGAAGUGUAAAAUCUUUCUUCAGCCCCAUAACAUACAUGUCUCAAGUAUGACUUUGCUAUGGCCUUGAAUACACUAGUGAGGGUCCUUUACUCACUGAAUUUAGUUAUUUGUUUCCCUUCCGGUUGUAUUAGUUGCUGCAGUUAAAUACUGCAUUUGUAUGUAAUAAUUUCUAGCAUCUUUUCUUUGUCAAAUAGCAAUGUUUAAACCAUUUUACUUCUGUAGUAGCAGUUCCUUGAGAAAAGCAUUUUCUUUUUGUUGUAUUUUAUUUGCCAGCAGUUUAAGCUUGAGAUUCUGACAUGCUCUCUCAUACCGCAGAAAAGGAAAUUUCUCAACCACUAUGGUAUAUAUGGAUGUCUUAGGUUUUUAUGAUACUACUUUUGAAUGCUAAACAUGUAUGCUGUCAGUUGGCAGAAUGAGGAGUUCAUGGUUAUUUAAAGGGUUCGGUAGGGCUAUAAUCUGAUUGGAUUCAUCAUUCACCAGCUUCAUAUUAUCCUUUCACACCUUAUCAAUCUUGAGCAGUCAUUAAAGUGAAGAAGUCGUGACUUUGGAAAUUAAAUGCAUUAUACCUUAGAAACUUUUCACAUUGCAGCCAAGUUUUAUGGCAUACAACCAUUAGGUU